UGAUGUUCAUUGACGGUUCGUUAGGUUGGUAUUACCACGCCUUGUCAAUUUUGACAUGAUUUUGACGUUUCCGCUUUUUGAAAAGGGGUGAGUUUGUUGUCAUUUCUUGUGCCGCUUGAGGCGAAAUAUCAUAUCAUGGAGAAAACCAAUCAAGAAGUGUUGGACCAAGACCUACAAGAGGAGGGUCAGUUCGUGGUCGACGAUGUGAGUAAAAUCAUUAAAGAUGCGAUAGAAACUGUAAUAGGAGGUAAUGCAUAUUCCCAAAAUAAAGUCAACGACUGGACGACUUCGGUCGUGGAGUGUUGCACAUCAGAAUUAACGAAAUUGAUGAAACCAUACAAAUAUAUUGUGACAUGUACUAUCAUGCAGAAGAAUGGGGCCGGUUUGCACACCGCCAGUUCAUGUUAUUGGGAUAAUAACACGGAUGGGAGUUGCACCGUUCGUUGGGAGAACAAGACCAUGUUUUGCAUUGUGUCAGUAUAUGGAUUAGCUAUUUAAAACUUUCAAGUAAUUUCAUGUAUUUGCCUUUCAAGAAUAAUUUAUCGUAUUUAUAAGUUUCUAUCCGAUAGUGAUUGUUGCGUAUUAAUAAAGUCAUUUUUUAUUUGGA